AGCCUCCCAAGUGCUGGGAUUACAGGCGUGCACCACCAUGUCUGGCUUAUUUUGGGUUUUAAAUGGUUAUCUUCCCUCUGCUGGACCAUAGGUCUGGGGCUCCACCCUGAGGUGUGGCUCUCACAUGUAAUGGGAUGGGGACAGCGUUGGCCAGGGCUGCCUGAGACCCUGUGACAUCCAGCCUUCCUGUGUGCAGGUGUUGGGGGGACAGGGUCCCCUGCCUGCCCUUCUUCCUCCUGAGCCUGGGGAUUCUGACUUUGGUGGCAGCUGGGCAGUUGAGUAUGGCUCUGCCUGGUACCGCUAUGCAGAGCAGCUGGUGCCCUGAGCUGGCCCAGGAGUGGGUGGCACUCUGAGGACCUGGACCACCCCAGCCUGUGGCCUGUAGGCAGGAUGGUUGUGGAUUGAGCCAGCCCCUGGCCAGGCUCUCCUGUGCCUCCCUGAACACCAGGAGGGGGCACCUGCCUCCAGCUGCCCACCUGCUCAGCAUUGUCCCUGUAGAUGCUCCAUGAGAGUCAGCCCUAGGGCAGGGCUGGUCCUGGUAAGGGGGUCUCUGUGGAGCCGGCAGACCCAUGCUAACCUCAGGGCUGCGGGGACAAACCCUGAAGUGAGGAUGUCACCUAGCACUGUGGCACGCUGGACACAAGUGACCCUCUCCUGGGGCAAACCUCAGUGUCCUACCUGUAGCCAGACCUGACUGGGUAUGCCAAAGCCUCCUGCCAGCCCCAUGAAGCUUCUCCAGGUGGGAGCCUGAAAACAGGGUCACAGCCAGGGCACACCAGCCAGCUUGGUGCCCACGCUGCAAGAGGGAGGGUCCUGCAAGCCCUAAGAACAGCCUUGGGCGGGACUUGGCAGCUGCAGGGGGCCCUGAGCCAGCAGCAUCCAGCAGUGCUUUCUGUCUAAACCUCAAGCACAGGUGCUGGCUUGCAGUAGAAGCAUGGGGCAGAGAAUCCUACCCACCAGGGAUGAUGGGCAGGGAUGGAGUGCAGGCUGCUCAGAGGGGCUGAGAUGCCAGGGAAGGCACCCUGUGGCCAACCUGCCUUGGACAGGGCUGGGUCCCCAGCGCUCUGCGGGCUCCUGCCAACCUGGCUUGUGCAUAGAACCUGGUGUGGGCUCCCAGCCAACCAGCAAGCCUGGGACAGCUGCCACGGCCUGCCCUGGCCAGGCUGUGUCCCGAAUGCAGAGAGGCACGGCAGCCUCUCCAUCGGGCCUGUGGGGCACCUCACCCUGUCCCUCUCCCCGUUUCCCCACUGGUGCCGCUGUCCAGCUGGGAGGCUGUGGUGUCCUGGGCGUUGGCAUCUGGCUGGCCGCCACCCAGGGGAACUUUGCCACCCUGUCGUCCUCCUUCCCAUCCCUGUCGGCUGCCAACCUGCUCAUUGUCACCGGCACCUUCGUCAUGGCCAUUGGCUUCGUGGGCUGCAUCGGGGCCCUCAAGGAGAACAAGUGCCUGUUGCUCACUUUCUUUGUGAUGCUGCUGCUGGUGCUCUUGCUGGAGGCCACCAUCGCUGUGUUCUUCUUUGCCUACACUGACAGGAUCGACAGGUACGCUCAGGAAGACCUGAAGAAGGGCCUGCACCUGUAUGGCACGCCGGGCAACGUGGGGCUCACCAAUGCCUGGAGCAUCAUCCAGACUGACUUCCGCUGCUGUGGCGUCUCCAACUACACGGACUGGUUUGAGGUGUACAAUGCCACACGCGUACCUGACUCCUGUUGUCUGGAAUUCAGUGACAGAUGCGGGCUGCAUGCGCCCGGCACAUGGUGGAAGGCGCCCUGCUAUGAGACGGUGAAGGCCUGGCUCCAGGAGAACCUGCUGGCCGUGGGUGUCUUCGGGCUGUGCACAGCACUGGUGCAGAUUCUGGGCCUGACCUUUGCCAUGACCAUGUACUGCCAAGUGGUGAAGGCAGACACCUACUGCGCCUAGGCCAUCGGCCAGCCUGCUUCUCUGCCAAAGGACACUGCCAUGUGGACACGGCCACAGCCACGCCCGCCACUCCCGCCACUCCCACCAGGAUUCGGUGCUCUGUUGGGCAUGGGAGGUGCUGGCACCUCAGUGAGGCUCAGCUGGGGUGGAAGAGCUCAGACUCGCUGCCUGGAGCCCACUGGCCCUGGUGCUCUGGGUUGGGCCCCAGCAUCACAUUCCAUGCUGAACCACGGCUCCAGGUGUAUUUAAUAAAGAGCGUGAGCAGCACUUGUGGG